AUGCCAGGAGGUCGAUGGGAAUGUGUUAAUUGUCGUUCUGAGGAUGGUACCACCCCCUCGCCAGCUAUUCGUGCCUCGCCGCCGCCAGACCGCCGGUUAUCAGUGGAGGACGAUGCUGGAGACGGUGUUGUCGUCGGCCCGGACGAUCUUGGCGCUUCGCGACUCUUGUUUUCUGUGAAGAAUGAUGUCGCGGCUAUGAGAAAUGACAUCAAAGAACUACGAAACUCAGUCACGUUCUGUUCUGGUAAAAUCACUGAUUUCGAACAAAGAAUAAGCAAGCUGCAUGAGGUCGUCAAGCUUGCAAAUCAAGUUAAAAUGGAAAAUGAUCUUUUAAAAAAAGAAGUGACUAACUUGCAGACUAGAUUGGAUAGCGUUGAGCAAAAUCUAAGAUUGAAUAAUGUUGAGAUCACGGAUAUACCUGAAAAGAAUAAUGAAAAUUUGAUUGAGAUUGUGAGGAGGGUUGGCGAAUUUAUGGAAGUAGAGGUGGAGCCCUCUGCUAUAUCAUCCGUUUCACGGACAAGGAUUACAAAUAAACCCAAAAAUAUUGUGGUGACGUUCAUCUCUAAAGCAAAACGAGAUGAAAUGUUGUCCGCAGUUAAAGUAAAGCGCAAUCAGUUGGAAAGAAAAGAUGGUUUUAAAUUGGAUGGAUUAUCGAAUAAAUUUUAUGUUAACGAACACCUCACUAUCAGGAGCAAAAUUAUUUUCAAAGCUGCUCGGGUAAUGGCUAGAGAGAAGGGUUUCAAGUUCGUGUGGACUCAGAACGGUAAUAUUUUAAUGAGGAAAAAUGACACAUCUAGAAUCCUACAUAUUCGAAGCGAAGCUGAUUUGGCAAAGUUGUCCUAA